CCCCAACUGCCCUUAUCAUCGGUAUCACAGUGAUCGCCGGAUAAUUUUACAGUGACUUUUCCCGACAAAACAUUGACAUGGCAAGGACCUGGGAUGAAUUGCCUAUCAGACACCACCGACACCAUCGCCUAUCAGCACCGCCAUGGCCAGACCGCCGACGACUGCAUCAGCUCCUCCACCUCCCCAUGCCCCAGAACCGCAAACCCCCAUUCCCAGCUCCCUGUCUUGACCCGCCCCUGACCUACCCCCAACUAGCCUACCCAGCCCCAGCUCCAACGAGCCCAACUCAGCCCCCAAAUCCAAGCCUUAGACCAUAUGUUAACCUAGCCAUCGCCGUCGCUAAACACCGACCGCCGCUGCCUUCACAUAGAGAUCCAUCUACUUCACCUCAUCCGUCGAGUAUGGAGGAAGACAUGGUGAGGACCUGGGAUGAAUCGGACGGACCUUAUGAAUGUCGAUCUGGAUCUGGAAGGUUCGUUGCCUACUUGAAAGCCUUAGCUCGUUGCUUGGAUAUCAUCUCCAACCUUGAGGAAGGUGCCUAAGUUCGUCACUAGCCUAGCCUGAGAUCUCUACCGUCUACAGUCCUCGUCGAUCGAUUGGGCUCAGCCGCCGCCUAGAGAUUGAAGGUGUCAAAUAGUGGAUUGGAAGAUGGACGCCGGCCAAGGAAGCUGCGUGCACCGGCUUUGAAGGAAAAUGUCACCGGCCAAGGAAGCUGCGCGCAUCGACGGUUAAGGAAAAUGUCGUCGGCGCAGGAGGUGAGCAAGGGAUUGCAAAGGAAGAAAGAAAGAGAUGAGGUAGAUCGAUGACUUGAGAGGAAGAAAGAAAGCAACGGAGAUGAGGUAGAUCGAUGAAUUGUACAGGAGUCGAAUGGUCAGCGUCACUUUUGUGGAAAUUUUUUAAUCAGUCAUAUUUUUGGAAUCCUAAAG